AUGUCUGGAAAGCAAGGCGCAUAUGGCGCGCGCGCACAAGACACCGACUUCCGGAAGAAAUGGGAUAAGGAGGAGUACGCGGAGAAGGCGCGCAAGCGCGACGAGGAGGAGAAGGAGCGCAUGAAAGAGAAUGAGGAGCUGCAAAAGCAAGGGAAGAAGCCGCGCAGGGGGCCGAAGAAUGACCUCCCCAAGCCCACCGAGCUCAUGAAGCAGCGUGAGGGCCCGCUCGACCUUGACAAGAACCUGGGGAAGACGAUGGUAGUGCAGAAUGCGGGGACGCGCGGGCCCGGCGUCCCCGGUUUCUUCUGCGAGGCCUGCAACCGGACGUACAAGGACAGCUCUGGCUACCUCGACCACAUCAACGGCCGUGCACAUCUCCGCGCGUUGGGACAGACGACGCGGAUACAGCGGUCCACUCUGCAGCAGGUCCGCGCGCGAAUAGCGUACCUGCGUGAGAAGACGCGCGAAGCCUCGAAUGCGAAGGAGUUUGACUUCGAGCAGCGUUUGGCAGAAGUGCGUGAGCGCGAAACAGCCUUGCGCGAAGAGAAGAAGGCGGCCAAGAAGGCGCUGCGGGAGGCUGCCCGGGUGGAACUCGUCAAGGACACAGCAGUGGCCGCGGGGGCGAAGCAAGGAGACGGAGACAUGAUGUCCAUGAUGGGUUUUGCCGGCUUUGGAACGACGAAGAAGUGA